AAAAAAAGAAAGAAAAUGUAAGUCAAGAUGAUAACUUUCCUUCCUUACAUAAACACUUCCGUUUCCACUCCAAUACUGACACUCGCUCACUCUUUCCCUCGCUUCUCUCACCGCCAUCACCGCCACAAGAUGUCUUCUAUGGAAUCCCUAAUUCUCCAACUCCAUGAAAUAUCCGCCGUCAAAUUCGGCUCCUUCAAGCUCAAGUCCGGUAUAACCUCCCCAGUCUACAUCGAUCUCCGCCUCAUAAUCUCAUACCCCUCCCUCCUCCGCCACAUUUCCCAAACCCUAAUCACCUCCAUCCCGACCACCACCACUUUCGACCUCAUAUGCGGCGUUCCCUACACAGCUCUUCCAAUCGCCACCACCGUAUCAAUCUCCAACGACAUCCCCAUGGUAAUGCGCAGGAAAGAAGUGAAAGAUUACGGUACUUCGAAGGCUAUUGAGGGAAAUUACCAAAAGGACCAGGCUUGUUUGAUAAUUGAGGAUUUAGUUACUAGUGGGGCUUCUGUUCUUGAAACGGCAGCGCCUUUGAGGGCGGCGGGGUUGAAGGUGACGGACGCGGUGGUUUUGAUUGAUAGGGAACAAGGAGGGAGGGAGAAUUUGGAGGAGAAUGGGAUUAAGUUACAUGCCAUUAUUAAGUUGAGUGAGAUGGUUAGGGUUUUGAGGGAUAAGGGGAAGUUGGAAGAGGAAACGGAGAAGGGAGUUUUGAGGUUUUUGGAGGAGAAUAGAAGGGUUGGUGUUGUUAAAGCGGUGGAGAAGAGUGUUAGGGUCAAGAGUUUAGGGUUUGAGGAGAGAGCGAAGUUAGCAAAGAAUGAAAUGGGGAAGAGGUUGUUUGAGGUUAUGGUUAAAAAGGAGAGUAAUUUAUGUGUUGCUGCUGAUGUUGGUACUGCUAAGGAAUUGCUGGAGCUUGCUGAGAAAGUUGGACAGGAGAUAUGUUUGUUGAAAACCCAUGUUGAUAUUUUGCCUGAUUUCACUCCUGAUUUUGGAGCAAAACUUCGUGCGAUUGCAGAUAAAUACAAUUUCUUAAUUUUUGAAGAUCGUAAGUUUGCAGACAUUGGUAACACAGUGACUAUGCAGUAUGAAGGGGGCAUCUUCCGUAUACUGGAUUGGGCUGAUAUAGUUAAUUGUCACAUUAUUUCUGGUCCUGGAAUUGUGGAUGGAUUGAAAUUGAAGGGUUUGCCUCGUGGGAAGGGCCUCUUGCUGCUUGCUGAAAUGAGUUCAGCUGGUAACUUUGCUAAGGGAGAUUACACAGCUGCGGCGGUAAAAAUUGCUGAAGAACAUUCUGAUUUUGUGAUGGGCUUCAUCUCAGUAAAUCCAGCUUCAUGGCCAGGUGCACCAGUAAAUCCAGCAUUUAUUCAAGCAACCCCUGGAGUUCAAAUGGUCACUGGUGGUGAUGCCCUUGGACAGCAGUAUAAUACCCCAUAUUCUGUCAUCUAUGACAGGGGUAGUGAUAUCAUAAUCGUGGGACGUGGGAUUAUAAAGGCAGCAAAUCCUGCAGAGGCAGCUCGCGAAUACCGCCUUCAAGGAUGGGAUGCAUACUUGGCUAAAUGCACAUGAGAUUGCAUUUAGGUCAACUUCCUUGGUUUUUAAUGCUUUUGUGCGGCUUUUGCUAUGAACAGAUCAGCCAGGUUUUGAUUGAAUUUUUCCAACGUCUUUUGUAUGUCGUAUGAAACCAGAUGAGAAGGUUUUCAGCCCCUUCUGGGCGUGGCAUACAUGGGCAACGUUGUAGAAGGCUGAAUUGCUGUCUUGUCAAUCAUUUAAUGUCCUCCAAUAUAAGUAAAAGAAUGUUUUCCA